UAAUAAAAAAUUGGUUAGUUGAUGAUUUUGCUUCUUGUCUGAAGCUUCUCUGGUAGUGGAACUGGUUAAACUGCUCUGUCUUGAUUUUUCCAAAGAUCAUUUAGAACAUGUGCAUCAACCAAAGACUAGUUGAGUACAACCUGUGAAUAUAUACUUUUCUUCUUUAUGUUCGUUACUUAUUUGUGAUGGAUCAUGUCAUACAUGUAUUGGUAAGCUUUUACUUGAAAACUGAUGGAACAUUGGAAACCCAAGAUUUAAUUUAUUACAUAGUAAACUGAAACCUUCUUUUAAUGCGAAACAAGUUUCAAGUCUCUCAUAUUACUUCACUAUAUAUAUAAACUGUCUAUGCACUUCUUAUCCUAGUAGAAACAGCAAGAGAAGACAGAAGCAAUGAAGGUUUCCAUAAGCAUCAUCGUUGUCCUCUUCUUUGCGACCUUCGUCGUCAUCUCUGCUGCCCCUUCCCAUGAAACUUGCAUAAGAAGAAACAUCGACAGGUCACAACCACCAAGCUCUUCACUCGAAACCAAGACGGCAUCAAGAUUUAUCACUCUUGCGGAAAUGAUAUGCAGAGACAUGGCUCGUUCAGUCAUGUUCCAUGUGAGGAUCACCGGAAAAUUCCCAUCUCAAUAUGUAGAGGCGAUGUGCAAUGUGUUUGGAGAUGAUGAGAAGAAAGUGAAGGAGUAUGUUGAGAAGAUAUGGUUGGGACUGGGAGGUCCGAAGCUCGUGUCUAGUUUAUCUUGUGUCUUUCAUUGAUUUGUACGUGUUGCAAAACUUUAAACACUUAUAAUACAAUUUGAGUUUUUAUUUACCAUUAUAGAUUUUCUGUUUAUAUGAUAAAUAUUGAAUUGUAUUUUUAUUGAUAUAUAUGUUUUUUUAUUGAAAGAUAUUAUAUGUUUUAUGAACGUUUGAUCUUGCUAAUAAAUGUAAUUAUAACAAAAUAAGGAAAAGACUUAAAAGAGAGAGAGAUGAGUGAGAAAGAGAAUCCCUGGUUCUCCCCCGACCGCCCCUCCGCCUUGAUUCCGCCUCCGACCACCGCUGGUAGUCCUCUGCUCCACCCCCUGACCCACCUGACCCCCCUUUCGCCACCCAUUUCCCUUCCCUCCAGCAAACUCUAGCCUCUCCCCCUUUGUCAAAGAAGCAAAUUUCCCGAGCUCUUGGGACUGCUUCUCUUCCAAAGGUUGACUGCUCACCUACUACUCCCUUCGCCUCUCCGGCCCAGGACCCCUUCACUACCGAAGCUGUUCCAGUAACUACAUCGGAUCUAAUUCUCCCUGCAUCUACAGGAACUACCCAUGACCAAUUCAAGGGUUUUACUGUUCACAUUCCCAAAAAUUCUAUUCCUCUCCCGUCUAGCUCAACCUCCUCCUCCCGUAAUCACCAGAAAACCCCACCCCAAACUAAACGCAAGGAACCCUUAAACUACCUCCCUAUUCCCCAACAAAACACCCAAUCUAAGUCACCACCACCACAAACCUCUGUCCCUCCUCCUCAUAAACCUCAAACUUAUGCCCAGAAAGCGAAACCAAUUGCUAACAAAUCUUUGCAGCGAUUGGCCCCUAUUACCUACUCUGAAGCGGGAAUUCCUCAGGUUACAGUACCGGAUGAAGUUUUCCAGCGAGGAGCAGAAAUCCACAAAGACUUCAUACAAGGACACUUCUUCGCAAAAAUGCCUACAUACCAAGCCAUCCAAAGUGUGCUCAACUUCAUGUGGGGGAAAGGUACUAAACUAGACAUUCGUACUAACCUGAAGGACCGCUCCAUUCUUGUGCGAAUCCCUAACGAGUACAUAAGAUCUAAAGUCCUUGAAAAAAGAAUAUGGUAUGUUGGAACAUCUAUGUUUCACGUUUCCAAAUGGUGCUCUACCAACACAAGUGCUGCUCCUCUGUCUGUGCCUACUUCCAUCCCCCUUUGGGCUCAUCUCAAAGGUCUUCCCCUGGACCUGCGAAGCCUGGAAGGUCUCAGUUUUGCAGCAGGUCUCAUUGGUGAACCCAAAGAAACAGAUGAAUUUACGAGAAACCUUACUGAUCUUGACUUGGCCCAUGUGAAGAUUGAAGCAGACUUUUCUAAGCCACUGCCAGAAUUAAUAGAAUUGAGAAGAACCAAUGGUGAAAUUAUUCCGGUGGAAGUCACUUACCCUUGGGUUCCUCCGACAUGCUCCAACUGCCGGGAACUUGGCCACAUCAUGAAAGAUUGCCUCCACGCAAACCCAACCUGGGUUGAAAAGGAGAAAUCCGCACCUACUGUCCCUGAGGUUCCUAAAGAUGUAGACAAAAACAACAACUCAAAUGAUGCAGCAGUUAGCGAUAACUCCGGAACUGCUGAGGCAGCAAUAAAGACCCUACCUACUGCUACUGAGCCCCCACUUGCUGAUCCGGUAGA